AUGCCGUGCGGCGGGUGCGGCGCCGCGCUGAGCGUGCCGUGGGGCCUCCGGCGCAUCACCUGCCCGCUGUGCGACUCCGACCUCGUCGUCGACGGCGACCGCCUCUACGCCGGCGUCCAGGUCAUUUCGCCGCCGGGCGCUGCUUCUCGCGCGCCCUCGUCCCUGUGCCGGCCGGAGGAAGAGCCCUUAAGCCAAGCGAUUCAUGUAGGACAGGUGCAAGUAGGAAGAUGCAAUAAGCCAAACCAUUUUGAGCAGACACAUGGACCCUUUUCUGUUCGUUCAGUUCAUAGAGAGUCAACCAAUUCACUCAGAUCAAGCCCAAAGGCUUCCGUUUAUGUGGGGUGUGCAGACGAUGCACAUGUUGAUCAGUUAUUCCAUGAAGAGGAGUCACAUAUUAAAUUACCCAGCGGGACUGUUGUCAGGCAUGAUUUUAAGAAGAAAGCUACACUAUCUGCUAGUUCUGUACCCAUUUGUGCAGAGAGGAUAGUGCUGGAGUAUCCUAGUAAGGUUAGCAAUGCACCGUUGUCACAAGGUGCGCCUGCCAAUUAUUCAGUUCAUACAGAGGAGGCACAUGGACAGUGUCAAACUAACACCACUGGAAGUCAUGGAAACCAGAAAAUUAGACAUGCUUCAGCGUCUAGUAUUGUGGAGCAGGAGACAGUAACACAUCCGAGUCACACUGCUUGUGUACAGCAGGUGCAUGUUGAGUCGCAUGGUAACACAGCUGGAUGGGAUAAGAAGAGGAAAAAGAGCAGCUCGACUACUGGUGGGAAGCACAAGAAGAAACAUAGGGUCUCAAACGAAGAGCUUCAUCUUAAAUGUAACAAGCAUUUGCCUGCCCAGCCAGAAGAUAUUGGGAAAAGCAAUACUGUUCAGGAGUCAGUUCCUUCUCCGGAUGAAAAUCAAUUUAAUUCUUCAGAUAUUGACAGCCAUCCUUUGCAAGUGGAAGUUGAGUGCCACCACAACAAAGCUACCGAACAACACAAGGGUGCAGCAAAAGGCUUCAUGCAUUUACCAAAUGAGAGGGAAUCUGUUGAGGACCAGUCCUACACUGGUACCCACCAGCAGGUGACUGUUGCUACUGCCUUCUGCGACCCUACUCCAUCACCAGUGUUGACUGCCACUCUCUUGCCCAGUACCGCUUCGCCUUCUGUUUCAAGAUCAUCAGUUCAUCGAUCACCACCAUAUUGCCAACCGCCAGAAAGUUUCCAUUCCCAGGAUGCACAUGCUGGUACCACAGGAUAUAAGAAAUCUAAGCGCAGGGCGCGUGGCCCUACAAAACUCAUUGAACCACGCAGGGAAGCUGAUAGGCCUGUUCUGACCCCGAUUAAUGUGGACAGCACAUGGGAUAUUGAUCCUCCUUGUCCCAAGGUGGCAUCUACCAUCACUUUACUUCUUAAACAGUGGCAUCCAGGAUCAGCUUACAGACGGGUUAGUCAGCAAACAACUGAAGUGCACCCAGGACAAUCGGUUCUCCAUUUUUAUGAGUAUCAUUCAGAUAGAAGGGCUAUCAUCAUGGAUGAAUUCCUUCAACGUUACAAGUGGGCCACUGGGCAGGAAGCAGAGUGCCUGAAGCUAUUCAACCGCAGAACAGUCAGACAGUUUACUGGACUCCUGUGUGAUGAGAAGCGAAGGGCUAGACUCGCUUUGUUUGCAUCAAAGAAGAUAAAGGAAACUCCGGAUGUUCCCAAGUCCAAUGGACAGUCAAAUUUGGACGAAGAAGGUGCUAGAAAAAAAUUGAAGCCGCCGCGCAGAGACCCUGCAGCUGUUGGGCAAGAGGAUGACGAUCCGCUUCAGUGGAAGCCAUUCCCUCCUGAAUGGAUGCUUCCAAAGUGGUGGGAGAUGCUAUGUGAGCGCUGGGCUUCAGAAGAAAUCUUGCAGGUCUCUGCCCAGAAGAGGAAGAAUCGAUUCACAGGAGGUUCUGCCCAGCACACAGCAGGCUCGCGGAGCAUAACCAUGCAUCGCAAACUUAUGAUGAUAGAAAAUGGUGGGAAGCCAGUAUCGGAAGUCGAGCUAUUUAAUAAGACCCAUAAACAUGAUGGCGGUAAGGGGGACUUUGUUACUGAGAAAGCUAGGCGAACCAUGGAGGCAUUCCAGCGGCGUUUGAAGGAGGCAGGUGAUACUGGACUAGACCCCCAUCUUGCAUGGUCACAGGAGGUAGGGGGACGCAACCGAGGGAGGUACUAUGGACUCCCUGGUAUCAUUGACAAAGCCCAAAUAGGCCCUUUGUCAAAGUCCACCCCAGGUUCUUCAGGUCGAAAUAGAACGCAGAUGUUCACUCAGGAUCAGGUUCAGGAGAUGAUCAAUCACGCCACACAGCAGUUGAAUGAAACUUGGGAGAACAAGUUCCAGUCUUUGGAACAGAGUAUGCUUAGCAUGGCGUCACCAAACAUUCCACAGCAUACUCCGUGUUCUUCAGCAGCUGGCGGACCUGGGGCUGAGGAUGACGAGUCAUCACAUGAGCAUACUUCGGAUUCUGCUGACGAAGGAACCUAUCAAUCCACAGAAGAUGGCAGUGGGGUGCAUGUUAGUGAUUAGGAUUUAGGAGCACCUGAUUUGCACUUCUUGCAAUUGCUUUUCGUAAAUAGUCUAUUUACAAUCUAACUGCACAGUGACUUUGCACAUGUUGCAGUUUGGAAAUAUGCUGCAUUAUUCAGUUUCAUUAGGUUAGUUGGUAGAUUGAUGGGAUUUCCGCACCCAAAAUGCAGUCGUAAACUGUGAUGUAGUCGUGAACUUCCCUAUCUUAUAUCAGUGAAC